AUGGCUAAUCUCAUUAGUGCCCAUGCCUUUAUGGCUGCAUAUUUCAAUUCUUCUGUGGCAGAUAUCAUAGAGCCCCAGGACCUCAUCAUUGCUGUUAACCAGGCAGCAUAUCAUGCUGGUCUCAUGCAUUUUGACCUGCAUGACUCCAACUACAGUGUGUCCUUUCAUCUAGAGCUUGCCAAACUCAUUCAGCAUAUCCCUACUCAUCUCCAAUGCAAGAAGUGGAAAGCUUGGGCACUUACAGAGGUGGAGCAUAAAAAUUCCUCAUGGGACUAUGAUGCUUCUCUUCUUCUGUCUGGAGAGCUGGAUUAUAAGGAUGGGAAUUCAUCCUCCAUUCCCCACUGGCUCCUGCUCUCUUCAUGUGCUAUCUCUGCUCCCUCUGCUCCAGUGGUCAUUGGCCCUACUGCCUUAGUCCCCAAAGUCAUGGAACCUGAGGCUAGCUCAUCUGGAGUCUCCUGGCCUACAUCUAUCAGGAUCCCUCAGGUUUCAAGAGAACCUACUGUCAGUUCUGGCUUGAUUUUCACCUUCUCAUCAUCUUUGCCUUUGCAGAGAGUCACAGUGGUUCAUAAACAUCAGCAGGAGACAGGAAUCCUGGCUCCUCCUUUGGUACCUCUUUCCUCAGUUUCCCUGAUCACCUUCCAGUGGAAGCCAAUUCCUGGCUCUCUCAAAUUCUCUGUCCCAUCUGCUCCACCUAUUGAUCAUGAUACCAGUACUCCUUCUGCUGUGGAGAGCGAUAGGCCUGCUGGCUCUUCUCCAUGCUCAGUCAGUACUCCUGAUCCUGCUAGUGAGAGUUCUGAAGGUGCUCCCAUAGAGGCUGUUCCUUCAGCUCUGGACAGCCUGUUAUCUCCCUCUCUUCAUGCAUAUCAUCCCCUGACCACCUCUCUCAAAUCUGCUUCUCCUCCUCCUAUACAUGCAUCUUUCCAAUGCAAAGAUAUGACAGUUCUAGUGGCCUCUGGAAAGCCUCCUCACUCUCAGUGUAUGCAGCAGUCUAUUCUCACAGUUUCCAAAGCUCCUGCUAAUAUGACUUUCCAUGAACCUCUUUUCCAUCAGGCCCUAGAAUAUAUGAAGCUUUCUAUGCUUCCUGUUGCUCCUGACUCUUUGACCAAAUCAUCUGCAUGA